AUGGAAGAAUUACGCCAAGCCAAUCAAGAACUUCAUUAUGAAAUCGAUCAACUGGCUCAAUCAAACAGAGACUAUGAACGCCGAACAUACAAUCUUAAACGGGAUAUAGUUUUAUGUGAGGAAAGAAUUCGAUAUCUCGAGAAGGA